UCUUCCAUUGAUGAAGCUUCCUCCAUAUGUGUGGUCUUCAAGUAAUCAAGUCUCUUCAUUCGUGCAUGCAUUUCACACAUCUCUUCUCUUCCUCUUCCUCCUCUUCGCAUGCACACACACACACACUUUCUCUCUCCUCCUCUUCCCCCUAUUAAAUUAAAUUCCCUUUUAUUUUCACUCAUCAAAAUAAUCUCCACCUUCACAACCACCGCCGCUACAAAACUUAUCCACCAAAUUCCGGCCAGAUUUCAUUUCACACACAAUAUUUCUUCCUCCACAAGCUACAACCAUCUCUUAAUUUGCACUACAUCUAGAUAUUUAUCAAUCUUAAUGCGUGUAUGCAUGGAUACAUUUCGAUGAGUUCAAUUUAGUUCAGUUUACUUGAUUCCGAUCCGGUUGAUUAUCGCUUGUUAGGGUUUACAAUCUCCGAUUGUGUUUCCGGGUUUAGAUUAGGGUUUUUUGGAGGUGUACGGAUGGUGUGAGAUUGUGAGAUCUGGUGAGUUGAAAUUGGCGAAAUUUGGGGGUCAAAUGUCGUCGACGAAGAUUUGCAUGAACGGAUUGUGUGGGGCGAAGACGACGCCUCAAUGGAAGAGAGGUUGGGCCAUGAAAGCCGGUGGUUUCGCUACUCUUUGCUACAGUUGUGGAACUGUCUACGAACAUGUAAACUACUGUGAAAGAUUCCAUCUGAAUGAACCUGGUUGGAGAGAAUGCAAAUUCUGUGAAAAGCCUAUUCACUGCGGCUGUGUUGUUUCAAAGUAUCUUCAUGAAUGUCUUGAUUUGGGAGGAAUAUCAUGCAUAAAAUGCAUACGAGCAAGAGGGACACAAGCCCUAAAACCAAUACAGAGCCACCCUACUGACCUUCCAAAUGGAUUCAUGCCGUUUUCUGCCACAUGGCAUCCCGUCAUUGGUAACCGAAUGAAUACUGGUGCUACAGUCGAUAAAGGAAAACUCACACAGUUAACCGAAGCUAUAGAGAAACAGCAACCCACUCCUUCAACUCCCUCUCUCGGUCACCAAUUCAAACAAGACGAAAACCGUAUUUCUUCCGAACUAAAUAUCGGGAUUUCAUCUUCAAAUAAAGAUGUUGGAACAGUAACACCAAUCUUUCCAAACUCAUCGUCUUUAUUCGAUAACAGUAGAACAGAUUUAGGUUUCAAAUCACUGUACGAUACAAUGCCUCAGCCGUCGUUAAGUUAUUCUCUUGGUAAUCAUCUGGCCACUGCAAAGUCAUCUGUAAGCCCUAGUUCUAGUGGGCCCAUGGAGUCCGAAAAAGUUCCGUCUUUUAAACAGGGGCAAAGGUCCCGUCUUUCGUUUCCGAAACCGUCUAAAUCAGGGGUUACUAUACGUUCACCCUCGAAUAAAGGGAUGGUUUCUGAUAAUAGAGUUGCAAGACCACCUGCUGAAGGUAGAGGCAGAAAUCAGUUACUUCCACGCUAUUGGCCCAAAAUGACUGAUCAAGAACUAUUGCAAAUAUCUGGAGACUUGAGCUCUAACUGUACUAUUACUCCAUUGUUUGAGAAGGUUCUGAGUGCAAGUGAUGCUGGCCGAAUCGGUCGGUUGGUCCUGCCUAAAGCAUGUGCUGAGGCGUAUUUUCCAUCUAUCAAUCAAUCAGAAGGUUUACCAAUAAGAAUUCAGGAUAUAAAGGGGAAAGAGUGGACAUUCCAGUUUCGAUUUUGGCCCAAUAAUAACAGUCGUAUGUAUGUUUUAGAGGGUGUAACACCUUGCAUACAGAAUAUGCAACUGCAAGCUGGGGACACAGUUAUAUUUAGUCGACUAGAUCCAGGAGAAAAGCUUGUUAUAGGUUGUCGAAAGGCAGCAGUUUCUGCCGAUACUCAGCAGGAAGGUGAAACGCCUGCGGUUAACGGCGUUGCUGGUGGGAACGGAACUCCAUCCACGCAGAAAAACGCGGAGCAUGAAGCCAUGGCUAAUGGGGAUAAAAAAGCAUUAACCCAAGAAAAAAAGAGAUCACGUAAUAUAGGAUUAAAAAACAAGAGGUUACUUAUGCAUAACGAAGAUGCCAUGGAGCUGAAAGUGACGUGGGAAGAAGCACACGAGUUGCUUCGCCCAUCUCCUACUUGUAAACCGACUAUUUCCAUGAUCGAAAAUUGUGAAUUUGAAGAAUAUGAUGAACCUCCAGUUUUUGGCAAGAAGACGAUUUUUACAGUGAAUGCAUCUGGGUCACAAGAACAAUGGGGCCAGUGUGAUAAUUGCUUCAAAUGGCGGAGAUUACCUCCUGACGUUCUUCUUCCUCCAAAAUGGGCAUGUUCUGAUAAUGUUUGGGAUCCCGAUAGGUGUUCGUGUUCUGUCCCCGAUGAGAUGAACACAAAGGAUAUUGAACGGAUUUUUAAAUUUGGAAAGGAUUUCAAGAGCCGAAAACUUGAAGGAAAAAUGGUUGAAGAACAAGAGCCAUCUGGACUGGAUGCAUUAGCUACAGCUGCUGUACUAGGAGAAACGAUAGGCGAACUCGGCGAAUCGUCAACCGGUGCCACCACUAGACACCCUCGUCACAGGCCCGGAUGCAGCUGUAUCGUUUGUAUCCAACCUCCAAGUGGUAAAGGAAAACACAAACCCAAUUGCUUCUGUAACGUUUGUCUGACCGUCAGACGCCGUUUCAAAACAUUAAUGCUCCGAAAGAAGAAACGGUUGUCGGAUCAGGAGGCGGAAAUGGCCCAGAAAUCACUUUCCACUCUUAAUAACGGGAUGGCGGCGGCGGCAACCGUUGGUGGAACAGGAACAGGAAUCGAGAUUUUCGAUCGGAACGGGAUUGAUAUGGAAGUCGGAGAGAGCAGUGGUAAAGGCGGACAACAGUUGGAUUUGAAUUGCGAUCCCGAUAAGGAAGAAGAAACCACCAUGGUUGACGCUAAUGCUAAUGCUAAUUCUUCCGGAAUCCCGUUAGAAUGGAAGAAUGUGCUUGCAGGACUUGUACCCUGUUCACUACCGAAAACUACGAGCGAGAUCGAAGGACGCCCGGACCCUCCAGUUGCCCCGCCUGCCCACACCGCUACAGACGGAACCCUAGUUCCGGCUGAUGAUCCGAUGGAGGAGACGAUGGAUAAGAAGGCUGUUGAAGAUGGCAAGUCUUGACAGAACAACCGCUGGCCCCGCAUGGCGGGACCGGAUACAUCUCCAAGAUUGGAGUGUACUAGUUUUGAGUUUGUGAUAUAAGUUAAGGUUGUAGUUUUGACUUAAUGAUGAUGUGGUGCAAGAUGAGAGAGAGAGGGCUGAAGACAUGUUUAUUUUGUGAUUUGAGAGAUGGAAUGACAUUAAAAUUGGGAAUGAAAUCCGGGAGAAUGAGUUUGUUGUUGUGA